AAACGAUCCGAUGCGCUGAUCGUGCGCGACCUCAGCGACGUCCUGGUGCGGAAAACAUUUGUUGGGAAAUGGAUCGACUCGCGCUCUGAGAGGGAUGAAAGAUCGUUUUUCUCCUUAACCCUUUCUGCUCCCCGAUCUGCGAACAAUCGAGCAGAAGAUGAUGCGCCAGGUGACAAGCAGCGACUUCUGCAUGAACAGCAGGCCGUCGUGCCUGGCGGAGGACGGCCACCUCCCCGCCUCGCACUUCGACCUGUGCACCUCGCAGGCCAGCAAGUUCUACCCUCCGCCGCCGCCCUCGUCGCUGCAGAUGACCCUGGCUCCCAUGAGCUUACCCGCCCAGAGCCACAAGCCCAUGCUGUGCCAGAGACAGGAGGUCCUGGGGGCCGACCCCCGCCCCGCCGGGAAACUGCCCGGCCUGAAGGGCGCCGACCAGACGCCGGAAGACGGCAAGAAGAAGAGCAAGGCCGCGGGGAAGACGGGCCGACGGGGGCGGCCUCUGGGAACCACCAAGCUGGCCGGGUACAGAACCAGCACGGGGCGACCGCUCGGCACCACCAGGGCCGCCGGGUUCAAGACGAGCCCGGGGAGGCCGCUGGGCACGACCCGGGCGGCGGGGUACAAGGUCAGCCCCGGGCGGCCCCCCGGCAGCAUCAAGGGCCUGUCGCGCCUCAACAAACUGCCUUACAGUAGCACCUGCAGCGGAGCGGCCUUCCCUUACCCGCUCCCGCACAAAGAACUCCUCUGUGAACCUUCCUGCAAAGAGAAGACCACCGACGAGUGAAAGCUUUACUCACUUUCUACUCCGUCCUUCGCCGCUGGAAUGAGACACGCGUAGGUUCACGUUUCCCGCCGCCUGUGGAGGGCGAUGCCGAUCCUUCCCAGUCUGCCGAGCGGCUGCCGGGAUGACGUUUUCUAUUAAUCGUGUUUGUGUCAUGUGUGUGCCUGCCGCCUCAUAUAAUCACUGUCGGGUUCUCAGUGCUGUUGCUGGAGGUCUAUAAUGUGGGGAAGCUGUGUAAAAAGGACAAGACGUUCGUCGAGCAAGGGGCUUUAUCUUACUGUAGUGCUAGUUGGGUUUUUUUAGCGUGCUAUAUGUAGCAUUUUUACACCAUCACAUAAUGGAAAACGUGGCUAGAAAGGUUAUUUCCUGCAUUAAUGCUGCAAACCAAGCAGAGAGGGUCGCUCACCAGGUUCAUGGAACUGCUUGAAUGUUGGUCGCUCUGCAGUCUGCAGGCUGAGGAGGAGAAACACUGUCAGGAAGGGUCAGAGAACAUGUGCUGUUUGGCAGCGAUCACAAGUGACUGGUUGGGAUCUGAGUGCUUGGCCCGUUGGCACUCCAGAGAUAAACCUACAGCAGUGCCCUCAAAACUGAAAUUU